AUGGAAGCGGAAGCAUGUGCAGAGCGUUUUCUAUGGUGCUUCGCCCGCUACCACUGGUGGCCCGACACUAUAACGAGCGAUAGGGGCUCGAAUUGGGUAGGCCGCUUUUGGAGGCACAUGUGCAAGUUACUGGGGAUCGACCAGCAGCUAAGCACGGCGUACCACCCCCAAACCGACGGAGGCCCUGAGAGGAUGAACCAAGAAGUACAGGCAUACCUCCGCGCCGUGAUUAACCAGAACCAGAACGACUGGGAUAAGUGGGUUCCCGCGGCUCAGAUGGCGUUAAACGGUCGGGUCAAUACCUCUAGGGAUUUCCUCGUUACGGAAGCAUAUGCGGAAGAGUAUCCUCAGCAUUCGCCAGAAACCAGGGCAAAGAAAUUUGUUACCAAACUACAACAGAUUACGGACCUCUGCCAAGCAUCAAUGGCGACAGCUACGCAGCAACAAGAACGCUUCGCUAACAGACGACGGAACGCGGCAGAACGCUUCGAAGUAGGCGAUAAGGUUUGGCUUGACUUACGGAACUACGCGUCAGAGCGACCUAAGAAGAAGUUCGACUGGCUGCACGCUAAGUAUACGAUAAGCAAGGUACUCGACCCGUACACGGUUGAACUAGCAGACCUCCCGAGGGCUGCUAUAAUAGGUUCCACGUCGACCAACUCCGGAGAGCGGGGACGGACCCAAUGCCUGGUCAGCAACGCACAGACGCUCAACCCCAUCUAUCCAAGUAGACGGGAGGCUCACCAAGUAGUAGAGGAAAUACUAUGCGCUAGGUGGAAGAGAACCGGCCGCGGCCGUAGGCGGGAAGUCCUUGUACGCUGGCAAGGUUGGCAAGACCCGACCUGGACCUCUUUAGACAAUAUGCAACAGACAGCGGCCUUGGAUAAGUACGAACAGAGAUACGGCCCGGCUCUCGAAAACGAUGGACCAUACCAGCACCGACGAGUGGCAACGGAAGCACAGCCGGCCCAAAUCCAGGGGCAAGUCGAAGGAAUACAACCACAGCUGCAGAUACAGGGCAAGAGAAUACGCGGACCACUACGGGCUAGGACUAAUGGCGACGCCCCGUCGAUAGUAACGGCACCAGACCCUAUAGACGACGGCCCUACGAUCGUUGUAGAGGGGACCAGGAACAGGAAAAAGGGCACCAGCGCCAGAGAGGAGUAG